AUGGAGGAAUCUCAACGUUUAGUGAAGAAUUUUUUUACUGUAGUACCAAAAUCAAAUUUAGUCUCUCAUAUUGAUAUUCAAUGUAAGCAAGAAUCAAAUGCCAACCAUUCAAAAGUAGCAUUACCUUCUCAAGAAAAUGCUGAAGAAUUUGAUUUGAAUUCCUUAAAGUUUGAUCUGGGGGAAAGAAUCCCAAUAUUAAAGUAUCCUUCAAAGCAUCGUGAUCUUAUUAGAAGAGCAUAUCUCCUCAAUGGUCCUUGUCAACCCCGUCUCCAGCUUCAUGAGUAUCCUCAAACAGAUAUUUCUGGAUCAAUGCGUCGUUUUAAUCAUGAAUGGUUCGAUGAUGUGUAUCAUGAUUGGUUAGAAUACAGCGAUUUAGAAGUUGAAACAAAAAGAAGUCUUGAAAAGCAUAUUGGUCUACCGAAUAGCGUACACAAUCAGUUAAAGAAGAAAUGUCAAGAUUUACUACGACAAAAACAGUCUAUUCAAUAUGAAUUUGAUAAGCAAUUAAAUCAACUUAAGCAUGGAUAUUGGAUCCGCAUAAAUGCUUUGGUUGAUGUAGCAAGACUUCUAAUAACUCAGGGCUUUGCAUUUCGAGGUCAUGAUGAAUCUAAAACAUCACUUAGUAGGGGGAAAUUUCUUCAAAUACUCUCAUGGUAUGCAAAAAAGUGUGAUAAAAUUCAUGCUUAUGUGCUAGAACGUGCUCCUCAAAAUGAUCAAAUGAUUUCUCCAUCGAUUCAGAAAGAUAUUGUAAGUGCAUGUAAAAUAGAAACCGUUAAAGCUAUUCUUGAGGAAUUAAAUGGUGGCUACUUUUCCUUACUAGUUGAUGAGUCUUUUGAUGUGUCACAUAAAGAGAAAAUGGAUAUUAUAUUGCGAUAUGUUGAUAGGAUGGGGUUUGUGAUGGAGCGACUUAUUGAUAUUGUUCAUGUUCAAGAUACUAGUGCUUUAUCUCUAAAAAAGACAAUUGCCAAUUUACUUGCUCAAUAUUCCUUGAGUCUAUCAUCUGUGUGUGGACAAUAUUACGAUGGGGCAAGUAAUAUGCAAGGUGAGAUCGAUGGUCUUAAUAUGUUGAUUAGACAAGAAAGUAGAUCAGCUCAUUCUAUCCAUUGUGUUGCUCAUCAACUUCAACUAACUCUUGUUGGAGUCUCUAAAAAAUGUAUUGAAGUGGGAAAACUUAUAGUGUCGGUCUCAAAUAUUUUGAAUAUGUUGGGGUCUUCUUUUAAGCGUAUGGAUGAACUUAGAGAUUCUCAAAAACAUAAAAUUCAAGAGGCAUUAGAUAUGGGUAAAAUUACUAUCGGUAGUGGCUUGAAUCAAUAA